ACAGCACGUGAACCCGGCAGAGCCGCCCUUCUCUGCACUGCCUCUUUAAGUGCAGAUAAAAGAGGGUUGUGUAAUGAGGGGAAACUGAAGAGUGAAUGAAGGCCAGCCCGCACUGACAGACUGAAGAGAGACGGCGUGCACCUCCAGAACAGCUCAAUAAUCCUGACAUUCCUGAAGUGAGCAGCGAUGGAGCUGAGUGUGACGAAAAUGAUCUGGCUGGCAGGAAGUGUUCUGGUUGUGCCGGCGCUCGCCGUCUUCACCUCCUUCCUCCUCUGGCCCGGGGUGGUCAUCAAGGCUUACAACUGGUAUUGGCGUCAGAAGCUGGGGCUGGUGGUGCGCUACGCUCACAGUGGAAGCUAUCGCUUCUGCUACUACAGCCGCGGGACGCCGUCCAGCACCUUCCCGUCACUGCUGCUGCUGCACGGCUUCUCCGCCACCAAGGACAUGUGGCUGCCCAUCAUCAACUACCUCCCCAGAAACCAGCACCUGGUGUGUGUGGACAUGCCGGGACACGAGGGCACGAGUCGCACCGGGGUGGAGGAUUACAGCAUCCAGGGUCAGGUGGCUCGAAUCCGCCAGUUUGUCCAGAGUGUCGGUCUGGAUAAGAAACCGUUUCACCUGGUCGGCACAUCGAUGGGGGGGAAUGUGGCGGGCGUGUACGCCGCCCGGCACCCCGCUGACCUGAGCAGCCUCACCUUGAUCUGCCCGGCAGGCCUGGUUUACCCCACAGACUCCAAGUUCAUCAGCCGUCUGAGGGAGCUGGAGAACAGUCUGGACCAGGAGCAGUCCAUCCCGCUCAUCCCCACCAACACCCAGGAGCUGGAGGAGAUGCUGAGCCUCUGCUGCUACACCCCCCUCAAACUCCACCGACAGGUCCUGAAAGGUCUCCUUGCCAACCGGCUCCCAAACAACGGCUUCUACAAAGAAGUGUUCAUGGAGAUUGUUGGGGAGAAAUGUCGUCACUCGCUGCAGGAAAACCUUCCUCUGAUCUCGACCCCCCUGCAGGUCAUCUGGGGAAAAGACGACCAGGUGCUGGAUGUGUCGGGGGCGUCGGUGCUGCAGGCGGCGCUGCCCCGCUGCCAGGUGGACGUGUUGGACAGCUGCGGUCACUCUGUGGUGCUGGAGCGUCCCAGAAAGACGGCCAAACUCAUCUUAGACUUCCUGUCCGCUCAGGAAAUCAGCGAUGAAAACUCAAAGAAAGUUUCCUGAAGGAAAAAACUCUGAAGAUGGAAGAUGAAGAAGAGAGAAAAGAAGGUUAUAAUGAGAUCAAGAUGAGAAAGUAAUUCUGGGGAUGAAGUUAUUUCACUGUUGGAUUUUGGACGUUGCUCACUGUGAAACUUGCACAAAAGACUGUAAAGAUAUUCCUGUGUGGUUCUCUCACUGCAGCCUGAUUUUAGUUUUUGAUGUUCAUAUUUUAUUAAGUCAUUCCGUGUUCGGACUUUGCACAUUUCACUGUUAUCUGUUUUCAGGCUGUUGAUCUGAGAGCGAAGUCUCUUGCAGUGUGAACACACUUGUCAACAUUUUGAGCCUCACUGGAGCAAGUGUACUGUGAGAAAUCUUUUGUCUGAUUAAGGAGUCAUUUCUGUAUGUUGGAGAGUUUGUAAGCAGAACGAUAUUUUAAUAAAUGAGCUGAUUCAUUUGCUUUAAUUGUUGUUCAGAGCGCCUUCUGUAUGGUUU